AUGCAUCUCACAGGGGUUCUCGCCCUCGCGUCCGGCUGGGCUACCCUCGCACACGCGGUCGAGCUAACUGGCUACGAAUAUGUCGUCGUCGGCUCCGGCGCGGGGGGUGGCCCUCUUGCGGCGCGUCUGGCGUUGACCGGGCACAAGACGCUGCUAAUCGAGGCCGGGGACGACCAGGGCGCCAGCACCAACUACAGUGUUCCCGCGUACCAGGCCAGGAUGUCCGAGGAUGAGCACGCGUCGUGGAACUUUUUUGUCCGCCACUAUGCCGACGACGAGCAGCAGGCCCGCGACUGGAAGACCACAUAUGACACCCCCGACGGCGGCACCUACACGGGCCUCAACCCGCCCCCCGGGUCUACGAUCCGAGGCACCCUCUACCCCCGCACGGGCACGCUCGGCGGGUGUACUGCGCACAACGCGAUGGUGGCCGUCUACCCGCACCGGUCGGACUUUGAGCACCUGGUGGAUGUGACGGGCGACGAGUCGUGGGCCCCGGACAACAUGCGCCGGUACUUUGAGCGGCUCGAGAAGAAGCAGUACCUGCAGGGUCUGUACGGCGGCCACGGCGUCGACGGCUGGUUAACAACGGAGCUGGCGCCGCUGACGAUCCCGCUCGAGGACCCGCAACUGCUGGCCACCAUCCUGGGGGGUGCCUUUGCGCUGGGCAACCUGACCGACCAGGUGGUCAACCUGGCCACGCUGCUGGCCGGCGACGCCAACGCCGACUCGGCCCUGCGCGACCAUCACCAGAGCUACUACCAGGUGCCCAUCAGCACCAACGACGGCCGGCGCACGGGGACCCGCGAGUUUGUGGUCGCUGUCCGUGAUGCCCGCAACUUGGACGGCAGCAAGAAGUACCCGCUGGACGUGCGUCUCAACUGCCACGUUACCCGCGUUGUCUUUGAUGAUUCCACCCCCCCACGGGCCACGGGCGUGGAAUUCCUCGACGGCGCCCACCUGUACCGAGCCAGCCCGCUGAGCGGCAAGUCCUCGAGCAAGGGCACGCCCGGGUCGGCUACGGCCUCGCGCGAGGUGAUCAUCUCGGGCGGCACCUACAACUCGCCGCAGAUCCUGAAGUUGUCCGGGAUUGGCCCGGCCGAGGAGCUCGCUGAGUUCGGCAUCCCGCUGGUGGUGGACCUCCCCGGCGUCGGCACUAACCUGCAGGACCACUACGAGAUCUCCGUCACGACCACCGCGCCCGCGGACUGGCCCGCUCUCAAGGGCUGCACAUUCCAGUUCAACAACACACACGACGACUGCCUCGACCUGUGGGAGAACCCGGCCCUGGUCAGCGGCCGGGGCACCUACGCCUCCAACGGCCUGCCCGUGGUCAUGCUGCUCAAGUCCAGCGCGGCCGCCGACUCGGCCCUGCACCCGGACGAUUUCGACGCCUUUGUCUUCGGCGGGCCGGUCAACUUCAUGGGCUACUACCCGAACUACUCGUACGACGCUACCUCCAGCCUCCGGCGCUGGACCUGGGCCGUCCUCAAAGCCCACCCGCGCAACACCGCGGGCACCGUCACCCUCCGCUCGGCCGACCCCCUCGACCCGCCCGCGGUCGUGUACAAUUACUUUGGCACCGGCGCCCACAACACCGCUGGUGACGAGUACAAGAAGGACCUGCAGGCCAUGUAUGAGGCCAUCCAGCUCGGCCGUGAUGCCAUCCGUCGGCAGCUCGUGCCCAUGCACGAGGACCUGCCGGGCGAGGACAUCCAGACGCAGGAGGAGAUCGAGCAGUACAUCCGGGAUGGCGCGUGGGGGCAUCAUGCCAGCUGUACGUGCCCGAUUGGGGCGGAUGAUGACCCGAUGGCUGUGUUGGAUAGCAAGUUCCGUGUCAGGGGCGUGCAAGGGUUGAGGGUAGUUGAUGCGUCGGUGUUCCCGCGCAUUCCGGGGACCUUUACCGCUGUGUCGACGUUUAUGGUGGCUGAGAAGGCGGCUGAUGAGAUCCUCAAGGCGCUGGAGUAG